GUCCCAUCGUUCGAGGAUCGAUCGCAAUUCGAUCCUUGCAAUCUCGGGCGUCUUGCUCAUCACCCUAGAAUGCGGGUCGUUCUCAUUGGUGUAGGUGGAGCAACAUGCUCAGGAAAGACCACACUGGCCAAGCACCUUCGCAAUUGCUUACCGAAUAGUUACAUUGUGCACCAAGAUGAUUUUGCACCUCCCACUGGGGAGAUGCCUGUGCAUCCAGAAUACGGGGUGCCAGACUGGGAUGACGCCGCAGGUGCUAUCGACUGGCCACGUCUUCGCAGCGCGCUCGCGCAUGUGAAAACCACGGGAAAGUUGCCAGAUUCACACACUAGCCGUGACCAUUUCAACAAGCAAAUUCUUGUGCCGAUUCGAGAGGGUUCCGUCCCUGGAUGGCUUGAAAAAUUCCACCGCAUCGCAGAGGGAAGCGAGGAGGAAGUCAUAUAUGCCAUCGUCGAGGGUUUCUUGCUCUAUUGGGACAAAGAGAUCAUGGAUCAGAUAGACGUUCGCAUAAUGCUGCGUGCACCUCACGACACUUUGAAGCAACGACGUGUGGGUGAACGAAGAGAAUAUAUUACAACCGGUAAGUUCGUUUGUUUACACAGCUCAGGAUCUCCCUCCACAUCCAUGCAACCUCCAUUUCUGUCUCCCUCACUCUCAUAUGCACUCAUUCGCUAUUUAAUCGAGUUUCGACGGGUUCAGAAGGAGAUUUGUGGCAGGACCCCCCCGGUUACUGGGACCAAAUCGUCUAUCCCGCAUAUGUCCGCUCACACACAGACAUGUUUACGGGCGGGGACGUAGAGAAAGGGGAUUUGAAG